AGCAAACAAGUAAAAGAAAAAGAAAAGUUUGCUCUACUCAACAGCACAGUACUAAUAUAAACAAUAGCUACUGCUCAAAAGCUCUUUGCAGACAUGCACACACACUCACGCACUUCCUGUUCCGGUUAGACCCGGCACCGCCACUGUGUAUCCAUUGUGUAACCCAGUUCCGACUCUUCAUUUCAACAAUCCCAAUCUCUCUGCUUCUUCUCCCAAUCACCAUCUAAAUGCGUAUUGCAGAGCUUUUUCUGGCUCUAGAGAUUGCUGUAUCCAUCCAUUCACACUUCCGGUUCAAUUUGAUUGGUUCAGUGGCUCUUUGAAUGCUAUAUUUUCGUAUUGAAUUUCUCCGGGACUGCAGCUACCUAUUAGUUACUAGUGUUGGUUGGAGAUUGUUUGAUUGAGUAGUAAAUUGAAUCGCGUUUACGGAUGAAGCUGUAAAGACUUGAUGGAUAUGAGUUUAGGAACAUUGGCAUCUGGGGUGGUCUGUGUUCGGUUUUUACUAUAAUGGGUUGUGCUUAUUCGAAGAAUUGCAUUGGAGAGAUAUGUGCACCGAGACAGGCUAAGGGUAAAGAAAGAGAAAAGGUUAAAGCGGCUGAGAUUGCUGUGUUCUCACCUGCUUCUACAGAGGAUGACGGAGGGGAAACUAGAGACCAGUUGAACCAGCUCAGUUUAACGAGGGAUCAAGAUGGAGGAAUAAGCAGGCUAUCCCGGGUAUCAGCUCAGUUUUUGCCACCAGAAGGCUCAAGGACAGUUAAGGUUCCAUCAGGAAAUUAUGAAUUAAAAUACUCAUUUCUAUCUCAGAGAGGAUACUAUCCCGAUGCGCUUGAUAAAGCUAAUCAAGACAGUUUUUGCAUACAUACUCCAUUUGGAACAAGUCCAGAUGACCAUUUCUUUGGGGUUUUUGAUGGUCAUGGGGAAAAUGGGGCUCAAUGCUCACAGUUUGUAAAGCACAAACUGUGUGAGAAUUUGCUUAGGAAUAGUAAGUUCCAUCAGGAUGCUGUGGAGGCAUGUCAUAGUGCAUUCUUGACAACAAAUUCGCAAUUGCAUGCUGAUGCUUUGGAUGACAGCAUGAGUGGGACUACUGCAAUUACAGUUUUGGUUCGAGGUGCUACUAUUUAUGUUGCUAAUUCAGGUGAUUCAAGAGCUGUUAUUGCUGAGAAGAAAGGGGAGGAUCUUGUUGCUGUUGACUUAUCAUUAGAUCAAACUCCAUUCAGACCUGAUGAACUUGAGAGGGUCAAGAUGUGUGGAGCAAGAGUUAUGACUUUAGAUCAGAUCGAGGGACUCAAGAGCGCUGAUGUGCAAUGUUGGGGAACUGAAGAAGGUGAUGAUGGUGAUCCUCCAAGAUUGUGGGUGCAACAUGGAAUGUACCCUGGUACAGCUUUUACACGAAGUAUUGGUGAUUCUAUUGCUGAAACCAUUGGUGUUGUUGCAAAUCCAGAAAUUACUGUUUUGGAUCUCAAACCCAAUCAUCCAUUCUUUGUGCUUGCCAGUGAUGGGGUCUUUGAGUUCCUUUCUAGCCAGGCUGUUGUCGACAUGGUUGCGAAGUAUAAGGAACCUCGUGAUGCUUGUGCUGCAAUUGUUGCUGAAUCAUAUCGUCUUUGGCUACAGUAUGAAACUCGUACUGAUGAUAUCACUGUGAUAGUUGUGCAAAUUUGUGGCUUGAAUGAGGCUGUGGUUGCUCAUGCACCAGCAUCUGAUGCAUUUUUAAGAACCUCAAUGCCUCAAACCAUAGAGAUGACAGGAUCAGAAUCUCCUUUAACUAUGGGUUGGAAUCCUAAAAAUUCUCGUGUGAGACAUGACGUGUCGAAGGCACGGCUUCGAGCUAUAGAGAGUUCUUUGGAGAAUGGGCACCUCUGGAUUCCCUCCUCCCCAGCUCACAGGAAGACGUGGGAAGAAGAAGCACACAUUGAACGCGCAUUACACGAUCAUUUUCUUUUCAGAAAGCUUACAGAUUCCCAGUGUCAGGUUUUGUUGGAUUGCAUGCAAAGAAUUGAGUUUCAACCCGGAGAUAUUGUCGUGAAGCAGGGUGGUGAAGGUGACUGUUUUUAUGUUGUUGGAAGUGGAGAAUUUGAAGUCUUAGCUACACAGGAAGAGAAAAACGGAGGAGUAGCUAGAGUUUUACAGCAGUACACAGCAGAAAAAUUAUCAUCUUUUGGAGAGCUAGCGCUGAUGUACAACAAGCCCCUCCAAGCCUCUGUCCGUGCAGUGACCAAAGGCACUCUGUGGGCACUUAAAAGAGAGGAUUUCAGAGGAAUUCUUGUGUCAGAAUUUUCUAAUUUGUCAUCGUUGAAGCUUCUGAGGUCAGUAGAUCUCCUCUCAAGGUUGACGAUUUUACAGCUGAGUCACAUUGCAGAUUCUCUGUCAGAUGUAUCCUAUUCGAGUGGGCAGUUUAUAAUUGAAAAGAAUGAGGACCUCGUGGGUUUGUACAUUAUUCAGAAGGGAGUGGUUAAAAUUUCGUUUGACAUGGCUUCAGUGAAAAAUACAAAUGCCCGCAGCCUUUUGACUGAAAAUCAGGAGGAUGAGGAGGAUCACGACAAGAAAGUGAUUUUCCUGGAAAAGUCAGAGGGAAGUUAUUUUGGAGAAUGGAUCCUUCUUGGCGAAUGCAUUGAUUCCAUUCAGGUCACUGCUGUUAGUGAUGUCGUCUGUUCAGUAUUAACAAAAGAUAAGUUUGAGUCUGUUGUUGGCCCAUUAACCAAACUUUCGCGAGAUGAUCACAAGCCAAAAGAUAGUCAGACUCCAGCUACCAUGGAAGAGUAUGAUUCUUCAACUUUUGAGAAGAUUCAGCUUGCAGAUUUGGAGUGGAAGACAUGCUUGUAUACUACUGAUUGCUCAGAGAUUGGUCUUGUGUCUUUGAGAAACAAAGAUAAAUUGCUUACGUUGAAGAGGUUUUCAAAGCAGAAGAUCAAAAGGCUUGGAAAACAAGAACAAGUUCUCAAAGAGAAGAAUCUCAUGAAGUACAUGAGCACCUCUGCGGGUGUGCCUCAAGUUGCAUGCACCUGUGCGGAUCAGACGCAUGCCGGCAUCCUGCUACAUACACAACUCGCGUGCUCUUUGACUUCUAUAGUUAACAGUCCACUUGAGGAAUCAUGUGCACAAUUCUGUGCUGCCUCUGUUAUCAUCACUUUGGAAGAUCUGCAUAAGAAUGGUAUUCUCUACAGAGGCGUGUCUCCUGAUGUUCUAAUGUUUGAUCAAAUGGGCUAUAUAGAGUUUGUGGACUUCAGGUUUGGGAAGAAAUUAUCUGCAGAGACUGGUGAGAGAACAUUUACAAUUUGCGGGAUGACAGACUCCUUGGCUCCAGAAAUAGUCCAAGGAAAAGGGCAUGGUUUUCCUGCUGAUUGGUGGGCUCUAGGAACCUUGAUCUACUUCAUGCUAACCGGUGAAAUGCCAUUUGGAUCAUGGAGAGAAAGUGAGCUUACGUUUGCUAGAAUAGCAAAAGGACAGCUGACUUUUCCACAAACUCUUAGUCACGAUGCUGCUGAUCUAAUUAUGAAGUUACUUGAUGUAGAUGAGAGUACAAGACUUGGAAGUCAAGGGGCUGAAUCUGUGAAAAUUCAUCCAUGGUUUAAUGGCAUCGACUGGGAAGGAGUGAGACAGCGUAGCAUCCCACCUCCUCAUGGAUUGAUUUCUCGCAUCAAUCAGCAGAUUGGCAAGCCUUUAGAAGAGAAUGUCUCGCCGAUGCUUUCCCCCAUCAAUGAUUUUGAAGAACUCAAUACACCUGAAUGGCUGGAAGAUUGGUAAACAAAACGGGUUGAAAUUUGUUUAUCGUUUUGUUCACAUGUGGUCAAGAUCUUUAGAAACAUGGACAUAUAGCCGCUGGAUUCGAACAACUAAAGCGCCCUAGAUACUUGUUGAUCACCUCCGGCUGUCUUCUGGUAAAUGAUAGGAAGGCUGAAGAAAAACCCGUAGCUGAGGAAGUACAUUGAAUGAUGGACCAGAUGGGUUCUUUCUAUAACCAAUUUCUGUAUAUAGAAAACGUGUAAAGAAUUAAGAAGUUCAUUUUGGCCUGUAUUGGGUGCUUUGCGAAUUGAGUAUGCCUUCAAUCAAUUCAUUCGCGAGCUGUUGAGCCAAUUUUAGUCACUUUGACUGAAUUCCCCCAAAAUAUUAUGGUAGGUUAGACACCCCCUGCUAUUCUUCUAAUCUCUAGUGGCGCAAGAAUUCUUUGUUAUAUUCUUUUGUGGACCUUUUAACUCCACAAAUGAUCUUUUACAUUUAGCCAAAUUUCGUCAUUUACAUUAAUAUUUGUUAUUUAAAUUUCGCCUUUUGUGUUUUUUUUUUUUGCUGUGACAAACCAGCACUGCUUUGUGUGAGUUUAGAACGGACAUGAGAGCGUUGUAACCGGGACUUCAGUAUCAAAUAUUUAAUAAUCCACAAUGUUUUUCCAG